AUAAAAUGGCAGGACGUAGAUCGACUUUAAGCAAUGUCGAAUCCUUAUCGGGAUCAGGGAAUGCUGAUCCUUUAAGAGAGUUAUUCGAAGCUUGUAAAACUGGUGAUCUUACGAGAGUUAAGGCGUUGGUUACACCAAAGACAGUCAAUGCACGAGAUACCGCUGGACGCAAGGCCACUCCACUGCACUUUGCAGCUGGCUACGGCAGAAUAGACGUAGUAGAAUUUCUUCUCUCUGCCGGUGCAUCGAUUCAAGCUAGAGACGAUGGAGGUUUACAUCCACUCCACAACGCGUGUUCGUUUGGACAUUCCGACGUCGUAAGAUUGCUUCUGGAAGCAGGAGCUAAUCCUAAUACUAGGGAUAAUUGGAAUUAUACACCGUUACACGAAGCUGCCAUUAAGGGUAAGAUAGACGUAUGUAUAGUGUUGUUGCAACAUGGAGCAGACGCAAAUAUUAGAAACGCGGAAGGAAAGACCGCAUUGGAAUUGGCGGACGCUGCUACCAAGCCAGUUUUAACGGGAGAAUAUAGAAAAGACGAACUUCUAGAAGCCGCAAGAUCAGGAAACGAAGAAAGAUUGUUACAGCUUUUAAAUCCACUUAAUGUUAAUUGUCACGCUAGCGACGGACGAAGAUCUACACCUUUGCAUUUAGCAGCUGGAUAUAACAGAUCUAGAGUGGUACAAAUUCUCCUUCAAAAUGGUGCAGACGUACACGCAAAGGAUAAAGGAGGUCUCGUCCCGCUGCACAACGCUUGUUCUUAUGGACAUUUCGAAGUAACGGAAGCACUUCUUAAACACGGAGCUGCUGUGAAUGCUAGCGAUUUAUGGGCAUUUACUCCGCUGCAUGAGGCCGCUAGUAAGUCCAGAGCAGAAGUGUGUUCUUUACUUUUAAGCGAAGGUGCAGAUCCAACUCAAUUAAAUUGUCACAGCAAGAGCGCUAUCGACGUCGCACCUACCGUAGAGUUACAAGAAAGAUUAGCAUACGAAUAUAAAGGCCAUUGUUUAUUGGAUGCCUGCAGGCAGGCUGAUCCAACUAAAUUAAAAAAGUAUUUGUCUCAGGAUGUUGUCAAUUUUAAACAUCCAUAUACUGGAGAUACGCCACUGCAUUGCGCGGUUGCAUCGCCUUAUCCAAAACGAAAACAAAUAAUCGAAAUUUUGAUUAGAAAAAAUGCUGCCAUGAAUGAGAAAAAUAAAGACUUCCUUACGCCGCUUCAUGUAGCUACUGAUCAUUCGCAUUACGAUGCAAUGGAUAUAUUACUUAGACAUAAUGCUAAAGUGAACGCAUUAGACGGUUUAGGACAAACCGCGUUACACAGGUGCGUUAGAGAGGACAAUGUGCAAGCAUGUAGAAUAUUGUUAUCUUACAACAUCGAUCCUUCCAUUGUAUCUCUUCAAGGUUAUACGGCGGCACAAGUUGCGGCGGAAAAUGUUCUGAAAAUAUUACAAGAUCCGCCAAGUGGUACGGACGACGCAGAAGCACAGCUUUUAGAAGCGAGUAAAUCCGGGGAUUUGAAUGCUGUAAAAAGAAUUUUACAAACAAAUCCACAUGCCGUAAAUUGUCGCGAUUUAGAUGGCCGACACUCUACACCUCUGCAUUUUGCAGCAGGUUUUAAUAGAGUGCCCGUUGUCGAAUACCUUUUGGCACAUGGUGCGGAUGUGCAUGCCAAAGAUAAAGGCGGAUUGGUGCCCCUUCACAAUGCUUGUUCUUAUGGUCAUUACGAAGUAAUAGAAUUAUUAGUUAAACAUGGCGCAUCGGUAAAUGUCGCAGAUUUGUGGAAAUUCACUCCCCUCCAUGAAGCCGCGGCUAAAGGUAAAUGCGAAAUCGUUCGAUUGUUAUUAAGACACGGCGCAGAUGCAACUAAAAAAAAUAGAGACGGAGCAACUCCUCUUGAUCUAGUAAGAGAAGGAGACCAAGAUGUUGCAGAUUUAUUGUGUGGAAAUAGUGCUCUUUUGGAUGCCGCAAAGAAAGGGAAUCUAGCUAGGGUGCAAAGGCUGGUUACGCAAGAUAACAUCAAUUGCAGAGACACCCAAGGUCGGAACAGUACGCCUUUACAUUUUGCUGCGGGUUAUAACAACUUAGAAGUAGCAGAAUUUUUGCUAGAAAGAGGAGCGGAUGUAAACGCACAAGAUAAGGGUGGCUUAAUACCUUUACAUAAUGCUUCAAGCUAUGGACAUUUGGAUAUAGCGGCAUUACUUAUUAAAUAUAAUACGAUAGUAAAUGCAACUGACAAAUGGGGCUUUACACCACUCCACGAAGCUGCACAGAAAGGAAGAACGCAAUUGUGUGCUCUUUUAUUAGCACACGGUGCCGAUCCUUUCCUUAAAAAUCAAGAGGGACAAAGUCCAGUAGAUUUAGCGAGUGCGGACGAUGUACGUUGUUUGUUGCAAGAUGCUAUGGCUUCCCAGCAAGUAGUGCCGUCUGUACCAUCGGGUAAUAAUGGCGUUGGUCUUGGGAUUAACAUUAAUGGGAAUGGUGGUAGUACUAUUAAUAGUAGACCACCUAGUAUCGUUGCUGUACCAGUAACUCCACCACCACCACUUACGCAAGAAACAGUUAUCAUGCCUUCCGGAGCUGCAAUGACUUUAUGUGUUCCGUUAGCCCGGCCAUCGUCUUGUCUAAGUCCAAUGCCACCAUCCGACUCGAAUUCUGAAAGAGAAUCUAAAGAUAUGUGCAAAGAAAAUAAUAGUUCAAACAUUACCACCGUAGCUGGCUUCCUUCAAAGUCUUGGAUUAGAACAUUUACUCGAAUUAUUUGAAAGGGAACGUAUCACGUUGGAUAUAUUGGCGGAAAUGUGUCACGAAGAUUUGAAACAAGUUGGCGUAACAGCUUAUGGAUAUAGGCAUAAACUUAUUAAAGGCAUGGAGAAAUUAUUAACCACUGCCACAGGAACACUAUGGCAACCGUCCAUUACUCCUGGAACAUUGCUAGUUGAUUUGUUGACCGAGGAUAAAGAAUUUUUGGCUGUGGAAGAGGAAAUGCAAAGUACCAUUAGACAACAUAGGGAUAACGGACAUGCCGGUGGUAUCUUUUCACGUUACAACAUAGUCAGGAUACAAAAGGUUCAGAAUCGGAAAUUGUGGGAGCGUUAUGCUCAUAGAAGACAAGAAGUAGCUGAAGAAGUUGGUGCGGCUGCUCCAGCAUCACCUGGAACAGGUCCCAGGUCCACGCCAAGUUCUGCAGUACCACAAGCGAAUGAAAGAAUGUUGUUCCAUGGUAGUCCUUUUAUAAAUGCUAUUGUACAGAAAGGUUUCGACGAAAGGCACGCAUAUAUCGGCGGUAUGUUUGGUGCUGGAAUCUAUUUUGCAGAGCACAGUAGUAAAAGUAAUCAAUAUGUAUAUGGUAUAUGCGGAGGUACCGGGUGUCCUUCUCAUAAAGAUAGAAGUUGCUACAUCUGUCACAGGCAUUUAUUACUUUGUCGAGUUACCCUGGGUAAAUCGUUCCUACAAUUUUCUGCAAUGAAGAUGGCUCAUGCACCACCUGGUCAUCACAGUGUAAUGGGUAGACCGUCCCAAGGUGGUUUGGCUUUCCCUGAAUAUGUUGUGUAUAGAGGAGAACAAGCAUAUCCUGAAUACUUAAUAACAUACCAAAUUGCAAGACCUCAACAAGAAAGUGGUGGAAGUGAAAGUGUUGAGGAACGGUGAUCAGAAGAGCCAGGCCCUGCAGCAAGAUUACGAAGCUUAUGUUGCUGCCAGAGACCAAGAACACACGGUACCUUGUCUUAGAACUGAUUAUGAUUUUAUACGCUAUAUUCGCUCAUCAAAUUUCUUUGAUUGAAUCAACAAAUGUUAUCCAUGAUAACGAUAAUCCAAUUCACUAUAAGAACUGACACAGGCAUUUAAUUUUCUCAGUAUAUUUUAAUUAUUAUAUAUAUAUAUACAUAUAUAUAUAUGUAUAUGUAUAUGUAUAUGUAUAUAUAUAUAUAUAUAUAUAUAUAUAUAUAUAUAAAUUCACAUGUGCAUUGAGAAUUUACAUUAGAACAGAUGUUUUCCAACAGUAUUAUAAUUAAAAAUUUAUUCCUUAUUUAUGUAUGCAUAUCUUUAUGGGGGUAUUUUAUUUUAGAUUAAACGUUUCGAUCGUGAAAAAUAUCUGAAAUAUUUGACAAUACGAUAAGUAAAUUUCGAAUAGAGUUUUUUAACUAUAUUUUUCUUUCUCGAAUGGUGUGGUAAUAUGUGCAUUAAAAUAAACGAAUAUAUUCAAUAUGCAAUAUCUUAUAUAUGCAGAGUGAGACAACAUAAAUUACGAUUUUUAUACAUACACACACACACACACACACAUAAUUAUAAAUAUAAUAAAUGUGUUUAUAUAUCUACUCGAAAUCAUACAUGUAUUCAUUUUUUUCCUCGCAAAACAGUUUCUCUUAAAAUUUUGCUACUUGAUAUUGAAACUGUAACUUGAUAUACUCUUUCGGAAAAAUUAUGAAAAAAUUUCAGUUCCUCCAUCUAUAUAAAAUUAACUUAUAUAAAAAUGUAUUAAAUAUAUACAUAUAUAUAUCUGUUCUUGUGUAUAUAGUUUCUCAGUUCACAUUGUGAAUUGUAAGUAAAAUUCAUUUCAUUUAAUUUUAGAUAUGAGAACUAAAAAAUAUUGUUUUUUUUUCUCUCUCUUAGUAUUAUUAUUUAUUAUAUAAUUUUUUUGUUAACAUACGCAUUUAAUUAAUUAUCUAAAAUCGUUGUUUAAGUAUCAUCGAAGUCCUUUUAUAACGUACGUUUAUUAAAGAAAAUAUGAAUAUUUGAAACUCUAAUUGAAAUAAUUGAUCGAGAUGAGUUGAUUCCUCUACUUUUACUAAUACAACUUUGUAAAUAUAUUAAUCAAUUUUAUUCUACCCUUACAAUCUUUGGAGAAAGGAUGAAAUAAAUAAAUUUGUAAGAUGUAAGAGAAAGAGAAGCGUCUUAAAGAAGAAGAAGAAAAAAAAAAAGAAAGAAAAGAAAAAAGAAAAACAGAAAAAGAGAGACAUAAUCCUAGUAAUGGAAUUGAGAUACUUAUAUGUCAAUAUAAUUCUAUUUCAUAAAACACAUGAAAUGAAUCUAUUUAUUGUUUUGUAUAAGAUUCGACUGUCUAUUGCGAAUAAUGUAGAUUUAUUUUAAAAGUAAUUAAUUGUUUAUAGUUACAAAAUUUCACUUUACAAUGUGUGAUACCAAUAAUACGAGGAUUGACGAUUAAUGAAUCGGGUUGUGAUCGCGAAGCUUGCUUCUUUGUGUGUUCAAUACGAUUUGAAAUUCCCGCCACUGAAAACUUCCUCUGAUCUCACACACAACACAUUGAAAGUUUAUUCGUGUGUAAUACCAUUACUACUAUUACUAUUACUACUACUAUUACUCUACACUACUACUAUUACUACUACUACUCUACUACACUACUCUACUACACUACUACUAUUACUACUACUACUCCUGUACAUAUUUAAGAAGCGUCUGAAAACUGGUGAAAGUCUCUAUAAGUAUAUAUAAACAUCAUAUAAAAUAAAAAUAAAAAUAAAAAGUGCAGUUCCAUUGUAUAUGCAUAAAGAGAAUAAGUGUGCGUUCGCGUACACAUGUACACACAUGUAUUACACGUUGAGCAGCAAACACGUUUUGUUGCAAUUAUGUCCACCUUUGAUAGCUUCCUCUUUAGGUGACGGUGAUAUUUGUAUUAUCUUUAUAAAUGUAUAGCAUAUAUAUAUAUAUAUAUAUAUAUAUAUAUAUAUAUAUAUAUAUUAUUUUGCCAAAUGCGCGAUAAAGCCGGUCCAGUAAAUCCAAUUUUUGUUGAAAUAUUUUAUUUGUAAAUCUCGACUGAUUUAAAUUAAGCCAAGCAAACAUCGAAAAUGCCUAUGUACAAUCAUUUUUGCCUAAUAAUUUCUUUUUAAGAUUAUAAGCGAAAAAAGAGAAAAAUAAGUUUUCUCUUUCUCUUCAUGGAUUUUCUUUCUCCAGAAACGCAAUAAUAUUGAUCUCGAUGUUAUCGUAAUGAUGACCAAAAAAAAAUAAAAAAGAUAAAGCGGAAACUUUGGAAUAUUUCAUAUAUCUUUGAUUCUAACUCUUAUGAAUUUUAUAUAAAAUAAGACAAAUUUAUUGUGGAAAUAAAAGAAAAGAAAAAAAAAAAUAAAAAAAGGAAAAAGAAAAUUCACGAGGAACAAAAUUUUCUAAGUUAUGUGAUAAAGAUCAACGUUAAUUAACAAAAUCUAUGAUAAAAAAAAAAAUAAUUGUGUAGAUUUCUUUUUUGGCUCAAAGUGCUCACCUUUGACACACAAACACACACACAAAUUAUAUUCUGUAAUAAAAUAAUAAUACCUGUGACCCUUCUGAUUUCACAAUGAAUGAAAAUAGUUGAGAGAUAAG